GGGCGUGGCCGUCCGGCCGGGGCGGGGCGCGUGCCGACAGCGGGCGCGAUGGCGGCGGACGGGGACUGGCAGGAUUUCUAUGAGUUCCAGGAGCCUGCCGGGAGCGCCCAGGACCAUGAGAACUGUAACGCGAGCCCGGAGGCUGGAGCGGGGGCACACGCGGGCGGCGACAGCUUCCCGGCGCUGGCCUGCAGCCUGGAGGAGAAGCUGAGCCUGUGUUUCCGCCCCUCGUCGGACGCCGAGCCCCCGCGGGCGUCCGUGCGGCCCAUCACUGAGCGCAGCCUCCUGCAAGGCGACGAGAUUUGGAAUGCCCUGACAGAUAAUUAUGGGCACGUCAUGCCUGUAGACUGGAAGUCGUCCCAUACGAGGACCUUGCAUUUGCUCACUUUGAACCUCUCAGAGAAAGGGAUGGGUGAUGGCUUGAUCUUUGAUACCUCAGAUGAGGAAGAGCUGAGGGAGCAGUUGGAUAUGCAUUCCAUCAUCGUCUCCUGUGUCAACGAGGAGCCCCUCUUCACUGCAGACCAGGUUAUUGAAGAAAUUGAGGAGAUGAUGCAGGAGUCACCAGAUCCAGAAGAUGAUGAGACCCCCACGCAGUCAGACCGGCUCUCCAUGCUCUCUCAGGAGAUCCAGACUCUCAAGAGGUCCAGCAUGAGCAGCUAUGAAGAGAGAGUGAAAAGGCUGUCGGUAUCUGAGCUAAAUGAACUGCUGGAGGAAAUCGAGACAGCCAUUAAGGAGUACUCUGAGGAGCUGGUGCAGCAGUUGGCCCUGAGAGAUGAGCUGGAGUUUGAGAAGGAAGUGGAAAACAGUUUCAUUUCUGUUCUGAUUGAAGUGCAGAACAAGCAGAAAGAAUACAAAGAGACAGCCAAGAAGAAGAAGAAGCUCAAAAAUGGCAGCUCUCAGAACGGGAGGAACGAGAGAAGUCACAUGCCAGGCACACGCUUCAGCAUGGAGGGACUCUCAAAUGUCAUUCAGCAUGGCCUCCGCCACACCUUUGGGAGCGCAGGUGGAGAGAAACAGUAUUUGACAACAGUCAUCCCUUAUGAGAAAAAGAAUGGCCCUCCGUCUGUUGAAGAUCUUCAGAUAUUAACAAAAAUUCUGCGUGCCAUGAAGGAGGAUAGUGAGAAAGUCCCCAGCUUGUUAACCGACUAUAUACUGAAAGUCCUGUGUCCCACAUAGGGCAGCAUUACAGUGGAAGCGCUUCCUCUUCCGUGGACUCCAGUCUUGAUUUCCUACGGUGUUAUUCUGGGACAUGGCUGUCACAGUCCCUGCUUUUGGAGACCCAGCCCACUUGAACUUGGAUUUGCAAUUCUGUAUUAAUAGAUGAUGGCUUCACUAAUCCGUCAUAUUAGAGCACCAAGAGAGCUGCGGCACUAUUGAAUUCCGGAGAUAGGUUUGAUAGGCUUAACCAUUAUGAACUGGUUUUGAAGUUGCCAGAGUCAAGGAGAGGGAAACCAUCCGUGCAUGCUGUUAGGUUUCCCAGUAAUUGACAGUGUGGCUGCUUUUUUAACUCCUCCACCUGAACUGCACUGAAGAACUAGAUUAAAGCACUGGGCAACCCAACCAUAGCCGUUCUUCGGUGAUGGUGGGAAUCAGUGUUGAGUUUGGACAGUAUCUUCAGAGUAUUACCGACCAGUAUUGUCCAGAGACUGAGAUUCCGUGUGGACUGUUCUGACACGGAACACUAC